AUGUAUAGUUCGCGAUAUGAUACGCAUAUAAUUUAUAGUCAACCGCAACAAAUUCAUUUAUCAUUAGGACCGUCAAAAAGUGAUAUUAUUGUUACAUGGGUUACAUUUAAUCAAACAGAAAGUUCAUUAGUUAAGUUUGGAAAUUGUCAAUUAGAUAAAUGGGCUCUACCUGGAAGUGCUACACUAUUUACAGAUAGUGGACCUGAAAAGAGGCAAAUGUAUAUCCAUAGAGUGAUUAUCAAUGAUCUUAAACCGGGAGUUAAAUAUCGCUAUCGCUGUGGUAGUAGAGAGGGUUGGAGUGCAAUCUAUGCGUUUACAACAUUAAAAAAUGAUAGCAAUUGGAGUCCAAGGAUUGCUGUUUACGGCGAUUUGGGUAAUGUCUUAGCAGAGAGUUUAGGUCCACUUCAAGAGGAAGCCCAACAGGGAAUGUAUGACAUGAUCAUGCAUUUGGGCGACUUUGCUUACGAUCUUAUAGAUGAUAAUGCUAGAGUGGGCGAUGAGUUUUUUCGACAAAUUGAAACUAUGGCAGCUUAUGUACCUUAUCAGGCAUGUCCUGGAAAUCAUGAAUAUCAUUACAAUUUUUCCAAUUAUAAUAACCGGUUUUCAAUGAUGUCUGAAAGCAAUAAUAUGAUCAAUAAUAACUACUGGAGUUAUAAUAUAGGUCCGGCACAUAUUAUAGCUCUAUCAACUGAAUUUUAUUAUUAUAUAAAAUACAACCUUGGUGAUGGGGUAUCAGAAAUGAAAGCUCAAUAUGAAUGGCUUGAAAAUGAUUUAAUUGAAGCAAAUAAAGCUGAGAAUCGACAAAAAAGACCAUGGAUCAUUACAAUGGCACAUAGACCUCCAUAUUCCCUAUUUCCAGAUGAUAAUAUAAGAUUAGGCUAUAAAUCAAGUGAUGGGCUCCGACACUAUGGUUUAGAAGAACUGUUCUACAAGUAUGGCUCAAGCAUAUGUUAA